UGUGAGACAGAAAGUCGGGAUUACCUUUUUUAGGCUAUUCUUUUCAUCCUGUGGCAGACACAAGCUUCCAUUUCUCAAGGAUACGCAGAUGCACCGCUUAAAAACCAGUAUUGGUCAGACCAGAUUUUGUUUUUGUCAAUUUUUUGGGAAAGCUGUUGCUCUGACCUCCCCUCUCUGUUCCCAGUCGAGUCGGUCUCCUUCUCUCUCUCUCACACACACACACACACACUGCUCCCCCUCUCUGCCUCUCGUUCUCUCAGCAUCAUUCAGAGCUUCACCUCCUCGGCUGGAAUCACACAGGAUUCAUCUGUAGGUUGAAGUCACUCCACUGGAUAUUCGGAGGCUUUUCCCGCAUGCACCGGAUCUCGGGAUAGAUGCUGGACACGCACCGUGGGAUGAGACGGGAUGAGGAGUCCUCCUCACCGGACCUUCUUGAUGAAGAGUCACUGCAGCUGCGCGUUUCCAAGCUCUUGAUGUCAUGAAUAACUGACGCUUCCGUGUCUAGGGCUCGUUUUUGGAGGGUCUCUGUGUUGUUAUGUGAUCUAAUUGCACGGUUAUGUAACUCUGAGUGUUUUCCGUGGUAGGAAUACCGAGUCUAUCGGUAUCGCUCUCGCUCCGGUGCAUGCCUGCGCUCGCUCCCUCGCGCCGGUGUGCACCGUGAAUCUGCACCGAAUCUGCACUGAAUCUCCCGUGAGAUGGCCGCGGCGAUCGCCAGCUCGCUCAUCCGACAGAAACGGCAGGCGCGCGAGUCAAACAGCGAGCGAGCGGUCACCGGUAAACGUCGCUCAAGCCCCGGUAAAGAGCCCUCGGGACGAGGCUCCCUGUGCGAUCGGCACCUGUUCGGACUCUUCGGUAAAGUCCGAUUAUGCAGCGGGAAGAAACGACCGGUGCGCCGGAAACCAGAGCCUCAGUUGAAGGGGAUAGUGACCAGGCUCUUCAGUGAGCAGGGCUAUUACUUGCAGAUGCAGCCGGAUGGAACCGUCGGCGGGACCAAAGAUGAAAACAGCGACUACACUCUGUUUAACCUGAUCCCCGUGGGUUUGCGGGUCGUGGCCAUACAAGGCGUGAAGGCCGGACUCUACGUGGCCAUGAACGGAGAGGGUUUCCUCUACUCCACGGAUACGUUCACAGCGGAGUGUAAGUUUAAGGAGAGUGUGUUUGAGAAUUAUUACGUGAUCUACUCGUCCACGAUGUACCGCCAGCACGAGAGCGGACGCGCCUGGUUCCUCGGACUCAAUAAAGAAGGACUCAUCAUGAAGGGAAACCGGGUCAAGAAAACUAAACCGUGCUCACACUUCGUGCCCAGACCUAUUGAAGUGUGUAUGUAUAAGGAGCCGUCGCUGCAUGAUAUUGACGAGAAGCAGCGGUCCAGGAAAAACUCAGGAACUCCCACCAUGGGCACCAGGAAAGAGUUAAACCAGGACUCUACCGAUCAUGAAGGCUCAUAGCCACACACACACACACACACCGACCUGUAAAUGUACACACAAACACACACACACUCACUCACACACACACACACACACACACACACACGGUGACCCCUGGAGCUGAAUGCUUUCUUACACCCGAACAAACAACAGCAACUUCAGCAUCGACAAGCAUCAAACGAAACUAAAAUUAAUGAAGUAACAUAAAAAUAAAAAUAAAACAUUCUUGCCUGUGAAAAUAUUUUAGGAGUCUAUGAAAAUCAGGACAUGAUUUUACAUUUUAUGCAAAGUCUGGCAAGAGUCUAUAUUGGCGUCACGUGCUCGUGGAGGGUGUUUUCUUUCGGGAGUCAGAGCUUUAAAGCCAUGUUCGAUGAUCACAUGUUGAUUUAUGAAUGCUAAAAGCACUUUCACUCACCGCUAUACAUCGCUCACCUCAUUAAUAUCGAAUGUUCUCAUCGAUUGUGUCCCCCAAUCAUUGCAGUUUUUUUAUUCUGGGAGGGGGAGGGGCUUAUGCAUUCUGCUCUCUGAUUGGCUGGAGGGUUCAGGAAUUACUAGAACUGGAAUCUCAUUCACUGUAUGUGUCAUAUUCUACACUUCAGUAGCAUUUUCCUUUAAAUCCCCUCGGCGUCGUUCAACAGUGUCUCUGAAACAUGCUUGCUGCUGUACCUUUAAGACUUGGAUAUGUUAAUGCACUGUUAUGAUUGGUGGACAUCAGCAUACUGGUGUCAUCUGUUGGGGCGGGUCGCUGAACAGGCGUUUAUGUAAAUGUGGGCGGGAAUAUGUUAAUGAGCUUUUUUUGGAAUGUUUUGAAUGCAGUGAGAAUCGUCACAGUCUGAGAUUCUGCAUUCAGUAAAUGGAAACACUUGUUUUAAUUUCACCUCACGCCCGAUUUGAUCCUCAGAGAUUGGGGUUUUUUAUCCUGCCAAAAGCACAUACUGCCCUCCGAGUGACUAAACUGGACUAAACCACUUUAAACCAGAGAAUAGACUGCCCCGGUUUUCCUUCUCACACAGUUUUUAUUUUUUAAUCGCUCCUCAUUAACAUGCAGGCUGUGUUCAGAAUGGAGUCUUAGUGCACUGCUUAGUGUGCAGUAUAUACUUCAUACAAAACAGUAUGUGAAAUGGUGCACUUGCAAUGCUACAGUAGAGUACUAGAUGUUUUCACUAUGUUGCAUGUCUAACUCAGUAAAUGUCUGAAAUGAAUGCUAUUGUUUUGCAUGUUUAAUCAUCCAUUAAAAAAAACGAGGAAAAAGUGUAGUUCUGUAAAUACAAGGUCGAAUGCAUAGUGCUCUACUUGAACUUUGCAAGAUUGACACUUAAACUGAAUUAGAGUUUCUAAAUAAUGACACUAUUGUCUACUGAGAUCAAAUUGGUUACAUAAUUGAUUAACUUUGCAACAUUGACACCAUUCCACUGCAGUUAUUACUGCUUUGAAACGAUCCGUACUGUAUAAAGAAGCCGCUCAGCUUUAGCUAAAUAAAGCUCUUAGCCAUGCAUAAGAUUAUUUGCAUACUGUGCAGGGUAUGCACACUGUAUACUGAAGAAGUGGUGAGAUUAGUAUGCUGGGAUGACAUUUUGAACAACGCUCAGCUCAGCACGUUUCUGAUUGGUUACUUGAGUCCAGGCUCCUUCCCCUUUAAAUGUGAUCGACCUGUUCAUUGGUCAGAUCUGUUGAUGGAAAGGCCAAUCAGCUGUUAGCUGGGUUUAUAAGAAGUCUUCCAUGACUGGCGCUCCACCAGCAUCUGAGAGUGGGGUCAAAGGUCAGGGCUAGUGAUACAAGAGGGAGAGAAAAACUAAGGGUCACGAACCUUGUGUCUAAAGAUGCCUGCCUGUUUUUUUGUUUUGUUUUUUUUUCACAGAAGAUGUUCUGAUUAUUGCCAUGCUGAAAUGAUCUUCUGCUGACCUGGGAAGUUCUUUUGUGUUUGCACCUGAAUUCUGAACACGUUCAUGUUCAUUAUGUAAAAGAGUUCUGAAUAAAACAUUAAACCUGCCACAGGAGGAAAAUGUAAUAAAAAUAAAUAAAUAAAUAAAUGAAAAACAGGAUUAAACUCUGGUCUGG